GCAUAGCUCACAAUAUCAAAUCUGCUGGCUCAACUAUAGCUCUUGAGCAAGUUCGUUCUUAUGGAAUGAAAGGUCGCCAAGGUAAUCUUGCUGAGAAAAUUCUCCUGCACAAUAAUAUGAAAGGUCAGCAUGUUUAUAAGGCUGAAAAUUGUGCAGAGGGUAUCGAACAUGGGCCAGAAGUAGAAGAAGAGAAUGUUUUGAGAAUUUAUGAUAAGACCAAAUCUCUUUUCGAUAACAUUCUCUGUGAAACAAAGGAACGAUUGGAACAGGAGCUCAAUGACCA